CUCGAUCUCCUGAGAGAAAUGUAAAUGAAUGAUGGUUUUUUUUUUCCAACCUGUGCGUGUGCGUAGCCAGCGAGUCAACACCUAACUUAACCAAAUCCAAAAUUUCCAAACCUCCAACCAUGUUCGUUCACGACGUCCAUUUUGCUGGUGUUCACUGCCUAGGAACCUGCGUUUGCUCGUGCCAUCUGGUACUCAACACAAGAUGGGACGCCAUUACUAAAGUCUACAACUAAUGAAGUUCUGAUUCCGCAUCCGCCAGGCGUGAAGGCAAUGAGGGGGAGCAGGAUGCACUCGGUAGGAAUUUAAACCAACAACUGGCCGCGAAAAGAGGAGCCAAGCGAGCCUGCUUCUCUGAAAGCGAAACCGCCAAAGAUUAAGGCUCAAUAGAAUUCAUUUUCAACAGGGUGCCCCACGCCCUGACCUACUUACUCCUCAAUCGAGCUGCCUACCCGGGUCCCCUACCUACAGUCCCCAACUCUUCUAAUUUUAGUCGAAUGAGUAUCCUUAAGCAGGGCUAAGGAAGUCUUCGGUUAGUCCGUCACUGUUUAGCUGGUCCACAUCAUUGCGGGAAGUUCUUGCAACUUGACUAUCACUCUCUAUGAGUAAAUCUAUAGCGACAAAUAGAAAGAUAAAGGAUAUUUAUGCGAGCUGGAAGGGGAAGAGGAUAAAUAGCUAUGGUUUGCAGGCCCUACCCCAUUUCUAUAAUUGAACUAGUUCUACCUCGCCUAGUACCUCUUCUAAUCAUGGGUCGGGCAGAUUUAUCCCCGGAGAAUGUGCAGACACAGCUGAUGCACGAUUUCAAGUAUCUGGCGAUUGAUAUGCAUCUUCAUACCAAACUUUCGAAUGAUUAUCAUUAAGGCUACAAAAAAUCCAUCUUCACAGGCAUCCUACUUGCUCCCCUCGCUUUUAGAGGGAAACGGGGACAAAAGACGCUGCUGAAGAUUGACAGAAUAGCUACGCUGUAUUACUUAGCGUUUUUUCUAGUUUUCUCGUCAAUUGUAAUGCUUGUGCUCUUCUUGAUCGUAGUUCUUGAUCAUAGUAAGUACUUCUUGCUGCAAGUAGAAGGAUGUAGAAGAAGAAGAAGAAGAAGAAGAAGAAGAAGAAGCACAUAGACACACAGGAGAAAAUGCAAAGAUGCACUAGAAUCAAUCUAGCUUAUUAUUAUUUGCAGUCUAGUCGUACUAAAAUCAUCUAGAGGGUAAGACAAAUCUAAAAUACAUAAGUAAGGGUUGUAAGACUUUCUACAUAAGUACAGCAAGUAGAAACUGUUUCGUCUUGCCGAUUGUCAUUUUUCUAUAAUGCAAAUAGGGGUGGCCUUCAAUAUUUGCAUAACUAUACAAAGUUGACGUUACGACAAAAAGGUUCAUUGACUUGAAGAAAGCUAUCACUGAAGACGAGUCGCAAUCAAGAUGAAUGUGAAGAAACUUCUGUAGUUUCUUGAAGUUGAAAAAUCAUGCAGGUGGAAUAAACAAGUUCAUUUGCCUUCUUACACAAGGUAAAUAGACUUAGAAGGAGAUAAACAGUUCAAGUCUAAGACAUGCACUGGAAGGAGUCACUUAGGAGGCC